AUGCACACCUUGACCCAAGACGACGACUAUGCCGACCUCCCACACCUGAUGGAACUGCUUUCCCCGCGUGAUACCAGGCGCUUCCGACGUGGCAUUCUCAGCGCUGGCCCAACAACCAUUUUACCGGAUCCGAUUGUAGUCAACUGCAAUUUUGUGGCCCCGCCAAUAGACGCUGCAACUGCGCGGGAGGUUUUGGGAGAAUUGGUGUUACCAACACCUGCCAUUGACCUUCACACCUCAUGGAUUUUCACUCUCCAAACCGCGACUGUUGGCCAAACGGCUGAGUUUUCGUUUAGGUCGACCCAAACGUACAUUGACAUCAAUCUGGCCAAGCCUAUCAGGUAUUGGGAUUGGGCUUCAACCUUCCCCGCCGAAAUGCAUCGUCCUUGGGGAAGAAAUGACUUGGGUUCUUUGCAAGUGGAAGUCCAAGCGUUUGCUUCGGACUCGGAGCGAUCACAUUUCAUGUUGUGUCAAGAAAAGUAUCACACAACUAUGCUAUUAAAUCUGUUCCAAGGGAAGCUCAAAGAAAUCCCUUCACUUUUAACUGUGGCCGAAGCACAGCUGGCCACCAAUGUUCGAUUUGCCGAAAACCAUGUGCUUGCACACCGGAACAAUCAUGGAAUGCAUGACAUGUAUACUUUGCAGGAGAGGUUGCAAGGCAAUGUCCCCAUGCUAGAGUUCCUCAAUACCUUCACGCACUACACGUACUGGCGUACAAACAAGGCAGCGGUGAUCAACGGACUUCAAUACGUUGGAUGGACACUGUUUCAUUCUCUCAUUGUCGAUAAGAAGUACGAUUGGCAUGCUGGUUACUUCUCUGGCAGAAUAUCCGAUUUUGAAAGUGAUCACCGUUGCAACAGCCUGUGUAGGCGCGUUGGAAUGAAACAACCUGCAGGAUCCUAG